GAGGUGCAGCUGCCGGGCCCCUUCUCCCGCCGGGCACGCAGAGCAGGGCGCGCGUCUCAGCCCCCGGCGCGGGCAGAGCUGGCGAGGCGAGGCGAGGGCGAGGAGCCGGAGCCGUGUGGUCACCUUUCAUUGUGGAAAGUGAUAUUUCAAGGACUUCUCUACAAUGUCAUACAGAAAGGAAUUAGAAAAGUACCGAGAUCUGGAUGAGGACAAGAUUCUUGGUGCCUUGACAGAAGAAGAACUCAGGGCUCUAGAGGAUGAGUUGGAGGAGCUAGAUCCCGAUAAUGAAUUGCUGCCUGCAGGCCUCAGACAGAGGGAUCAGACAAAAAAGACACCAACUGGUCCCUUCAGAAGGGAGGAGCUCAUGGCUCACUUAGAAAAGCAGGCAAAAGAUGUGAAAGACCGAGAAGACCUGGUCCCUUUCACAGGAGAAAAAAGAGGGAAGGCAUGGGUCCCCAAGCAGAAGCCAAUUGAUCCUGUUUUGGAAAGCGUCACUCUGGAGCCAGAGCUGGAGGAAGCCCUCGCUAAUGCAUCUGAUGCAGAACUCUGUGAUAUCGCUGCUAUUCUUGGCAUGCAUACACUGAUGAGUAACCAGCAGUAUUAUGAGGCACUUGGAAGCAGCACUAUAGUUAACAAAGAAGGUCUGAAUAGUGUGAUUAAGCCCACUCAAUACAAACCAGUUCCUGAUGAAGAACCAAAUUCAACAGAUGUUGAAGAAACUUUGGAACGAAUAAAGAACAAUGAUCCUGAACUCGAGGAAGUCAACCUUAAUAAUAUUAAGGAAUCUGAAUGGUCAUGGUGGCACAACAUCAUUUUUCUGGAUUUAUUUCCACAGAAUAUUCCUAUACCCACUUUAAAAGCCUAUGCAAAAGCACUCAAGACUAACACCUAUGUACACAAGUUUAGCAUAGUAGGAACAAGGAGCAAUGAUCCUGUUGCUUUGGCUCUGGCAGACAUGCUAAAAGCCAACAGCGUAUUAAAGAGCUUGAAUGUGGAAUCCAACUUCAUUUCUGGCUCAGGCAUCCUUGCCCUUGUUGAAGCACUUCAGCACAAUACUUCACUGAUAGAGCUCAGAAUUGACAACCAGAGCCAGCCACUGGGUAACAAGGUGGAAAUGGAAAUUGCAAACAUGCUUGAAAAAAACACUUCCCUUUUGAAGUUUGGGUAUCAUUUUACACAGCAAGGACCCCGGCUUCGUGCCGCCAAUGCCAUGAUGAACAAUAAUGACCUUGCUCGUUUACAUCGAUCUGAUGGCCUCUGGCAUAACUUCUCAACUCUGCACCUGGAAGAUGUAUAAUGAGGAAGAGGAGACUUGCAGACCUGAAUGGGCCUAUUUUUCCCAAGUGCCGAAGUGGGGUGUAGCUUGUGGCUGUCCAGGCUGUGUAGCAGUUUGUGCUGUAGUGUGGAAAUCAGAAGGCAAAGUGCCUGCACAAACUAUCUGUGGUGCCUCAGUUCUAUUGCAUCAUUAUGCACUAAAGAUUUAAAUUAACUAGUGAUUGUAGUUGAAGAUACUAUCAAAUAUGACUAAUGAUGUUUUCUUUAGAAUCAAAACAGUAUCACUCCAGGCAAGUGGUCAGUUUUAAGCAGCCUCAGUUUAGUGUACGUGGCAGGGCAAAAGUGACUUACUUAACUCAUGACAAUUUCUCAAAGUAUUUCCUGUAUUGUGCUUCAGAGAUAUUUAGGAUGUGCUUGCAUGAGUAGAAAAAAAUUACUACUCCACCCACACAUGUUGUAGAAGUAUUAAAAAAAUACUUUAUUUUUUCAAGUUGAUCUCAAAUUAUAGAGAAACGGACAUUUUUGACAAGCAUUGCUAGUAUCCUAAAAUACCCUUUGAAUUCGUGAACUUGUGCACUGCAAUUAAUUACCAACAUUGGCUGAAUUACUUAUUUCAAACAUGAUUUCAAAAGCAUCUCUUUUUCAUAAAAUAAUCCGUGCCUUUUUACCCUGCUGAAAACAAAAGGAACGUAAGGCCACGAAUGUUUAAACAAGAGAGUCACAAAAACAGAGCAUUAGUAUCUUCCUUUUUUAACUAUGGUUAAGCAAUACUGUUGCUAUAAGAGAUGGGGAAUGAAACCCUGCCUCUGUUGAAGCUGAUGUCAGAAUUUGCCUUGCUCCCUAUGCCCAUUUGCUAACGCUAAAUGUGUGCACCUGGUGCUUCUGCUCUGAACAUAAUGGACUCCUCACUCUCAGUUCUGGUUUUUGGCUGGGCAGCCACUGCCCUGGCAGUUAACCUUAAAGGUGAUGCUUCUGGCUAACAUCCAAACAUCUGAACAGAUGAGACUCUGAACACUAUGCCCUACUAAAGCAGUUACUUGAAAAUAGCGUGCAUGUGAACCUGUAUGGUUCAGGGCACAAUUAGAAAAGGGCUUUUGUAUAGCAAUAAAAUCUACUGUCUGAUCUUUAAGGGAAGAUGUUCCAGUAGAUGUAUAUAGUCUCUGAUCAUGCAUUUGGAUCCAUGCACGUGGACCAUUACAUCCAUGCAGACACCCACAGACUAUGGUAAGUCCUUGUAGAACCAGGAGUGUCUGGUCAUGCAGAACUGUUGCAGGAUUGGGGCCUUAAUCUGUACCAUAAAGAACACAUCCUGGCAGCCUGUUUCACUUGGUAACAAGCCUUCUGUAUGCCUGGGCUAAGAGCAGAGCUCUACAGUCCUUGCACUAUCUAUUCCAGCAAAACUCCCACCCGUUUCAAUGGAAUUUUUGUUGAGUGUGGAGUAUAGGGUUUAGCUCUGGUUCACAAUGUUGCUGAAUAUUUUAUUUUCAAACAAACUAGGAACUAAGAGUAUGGCUGUUGCUCCUCAAAUCAAAAUAAAUGUACUGUCAGU